AUGCCUUCAGCCAUAGAUCCCGAAGAUGACCUAUGGAUCUCACAGUCUUCCAUAGGUUCGGACUACAUCGACCAACUCAUACCGAUUAUGAAAGAUGCACGCUACUCGAAUCAACUUCAAUAUACAUUCGAUCGCUAUGCCAAUGACCGGGAAUCUGAAAUUGAGCGCAUAUGUAAUGCGAACCACCAAGAUUUCGUCAGCUCUGUGGACGCUAUGCUUAGGAUCCGGGACCAGACCGUACAAAUGAGCGGUGAAAUCCUGCAACUCAGCGAAGCCAUCCAAGAGAGCAUCGAGAAGCUUGCCGAGCAGAAGAAAGCAUUAGUCGACUCACGCGGUGUGCGUCAAAAUAUUGAUGAGGCAACGAAGGCGCUGAACGCUUGUCUCAAUGUUUUGCGCAUCGCCAAUCAGGUCCAGGACAUGCUGAGGGAGAAGAACUACUACGCAGCGCUUCGGGCGCUGGACGAGCUGCAGACAAUCCACUUGAAGGAGAUCAAGCGUUUCAAAAUCGCAAAUCUCAUCGAGAAAUCUAUUCCACAGACGCAAGAGCAGAUUCGAGAGGCAGUGAAGAAUGACCUGAGUACGUGGCUGUAUCGCAUUCGAGAAUCGGCCCAAUUCCUGGGUGAGGUGUCUUUCUACUACACCGAUGUGCGUAGAACGCGAAAUCAGGAGCGCGCCGAGACCGACCCACGUUUCGCGAAGUUCAAGCUGAACUCCGCAAUAGAGCUCGUGGCAGAUGAAACAGAUGAGUUCGACGUGCUGAAUAACGAAGAAGCUGGAAAUGAGACCGAUUUCUCGCCACUGUUCGAAGCGAUGCACAUCAAUGAGACGCUUGGCAAGAGCGACCAAUUCAAGGCCGAGUAUGCGGCGGAUCGAAGAACACAGAAAGAUUUGAUUAUUCCCAACAAGCUAGAUCUCCUCGACGAGGAAUGUGGAGAUCUAAGUAGUUUGCUGGAAAGUAUUGCAGGCUUUGCGAUCAUUGAGAAAGCUACUGUGUCGAAGACAGCUGGCUUGCGAUCACCAGCUGAUGUGGACGACCUCUGGGACUCAAUGUGCCAGAGUGCGAUCAAACUCAUCACAGGUCAACUCCACACAGUCGACAAUGACGAACUGCUAUUGAAAAUUAAGGGUCGGAUAGCUCUCUUCAUGUUGACAAUGGAGAAAUGGGGAUACUCCGUCUCAGCCAUGAAUGAUCUUCUUCUUACACUCUUCUCCAAGUAUUCCGAGUUGCUCAAACAGCGCUUCAGCGAAGACUUCCUCGAGAUUGUCCAGACAGAUGACUACAUGCCCAUGCCCAUCAACAGCUACGAAGAGUAUGAUAAGGUCGUCUCCGUCAGCUGGUACUCACCCGAGAAGCCACGUGACGAGCUCACCUUCCCAUGUGUGCUUCCCUUCUCCCAAAUGUAUCCGCUCUGCUGCAUCGACAUUCGCAACUUCCUCAACCAGAUCUACUUAUUCUCCGAUGACUACUUUCAAAAGUCCACCAUCAUCGACGAAACACUACGCACGGCUCUCGACGAUCUCCUCUGCGAGCAAGUCUGCCAAUCGCUCAUAGAUCGCCUAUCAUCCCAAUAUCCCGGUCAGAUCGUCCAAAUCUUAACAAACCUCGAACACUUCGAGACGGCCUGUGUUGAGCUACAAGAUCUUCUCUUCGAAGCACGAUCCUCGCCCUCAGCAACCGGCCCCAUUGUCCUUGCCGCAACCGACAAAUUUGCAAAAGCAAAGCAGCAAGCCUCCAACCGCGUCUUCGAGCUCGUAAACAGCAAGAUCGACGACCUCAUCGAGACAGCAGAGUACGAUUGGAUGGCCACCAAGCCGGAACAGGAACCCAGCACGUACAUGCUCGAACUCACCCGCUAUCUGAGUAACAUCAUGUCUUCGGUCCUCCUCGCGCUUCCUACCGAGAUUAAAGAAUUCAUCUACUUCGACGCCCUUUCCCACGCCUCAAGCGCGAUUCUUGAUCUCCCGCUCUCAGAACACGUCAAGCGCAUUACGCCCGCUGCAGUCGCCACACUGGCAAACGACACGCGCUUCCUGAGCGACUUUGUCGAGUCGCUGAACAAUCCGAUUUUGAUGGAGAACUUGGAUGAAUUGACGCAGACGGUCGCGCUCAUGGGUAGCGAGAAUAGCGAAGAGUUUUUUGAUAUUGCGCAGCGGAAUCGCAAGUGGCGGCGCAGAGUCCUACGAAGCCAGCUGCGAGUGAGAGAUUCGGCACCCUGGGUAGUCGAUCGUUCUUAUCGAUAA